AUGUCUGUUUCAAUAUUUGAGGAUUUGGCUUCACAUGUGAGAGUCCCCAGAAAUGAAGAAAAGGUUUUUAAAGAUGAAUGUCCUUUCUAUUUUGAAACACCUGAAAUGGAAAACGGUGUAUACAUCUGUAUGCGGCAUUUCGUUGCAGUUGGCUCUAAAAUAUUAAGGCUUUACCAUGAGAAAACUGGAUGCCGUGCAUUUUUGCGGUACAAAAUCGAAAAGCAAUUUAAAGAAAAAGGUGCUGGUAUCCAAGAACGCCCUACAAAACUUGCUAUUGGUGUUCAUGGGGGAUUCGAUCUGCCACAAGAUGUCUACUCAGUUACAGAACACUGGUCUCUGGUUCGCCUUCCUCAAGGUGACUCGUUCGAGAUUCCAAGUCCAAAGCCGGGAAAAGCACCGUCUGACACAUCACAUUUAAAGAUUCUUGAACUUCCAAAGUCCCUGGCCACAUCCAUUGCGUUUAUUCAGGGCGCUGAAUCAAUACUGAUAACUGAAGAACGUGCUAACGCACUUAAGGCUUGGGAGGAUGAUAACAUUUGUUUGAUUUCAUCUUACGCAAUGAACCUGAAACAGAUUGAUAAUGGCGUCAGGAUACCUCCAUCUGGAUGGAAAUGUUCCAGAUGUGAUUUGAAGGAUAAUUUAUGGAUGAAUCUCACAGAUGGGACUAUUCUGUGUGGUCGACGAUUCUGGGAUGGAACUGGAGGCAAUAAUCAUGCUGUGGAGCAUUAUGAAACGACCAAGUAUCCGUUGGCGGUAAAACUUGGGACGAUUACUCCAAAGGGAGGUGAAGUGUUUUCUUAUCCGGAAGAUUCAAUGGUGACCGAUCCAAAGUUAGGAGAACACUUAGCUCACUUUGGUAUUGAUGUGAUGCGUAUGCAGAAAACAGAGAAGACAAUGGCUGAAUUAGAAGUGGAUGCAAAUGAAAGACUCGGAGAAUGGCUUACAUUGCAAGAGUCUAAUCAUCCACUGGAAGCACGUUAUGGUCCAGGCAUGACUGGACUCAGAAAUCUGGGUAAUACUUGCUACUUGAAUGCCGUGGUACAGGUUCUGUUUUCGAUUCCACAAUUCCGUUCAUACUAUGCUUAUCAGUUGCCUAUAUGGUCUGAGGAAGCAUUAAGUCUGUGUACUUCUAGCAGUCAGUCACAUUUACUACCAGUGGAUCACAUUGGAUUACAGUUUUCAAAAUUAGGAUAUGGUCUUUGCUCUGGUGCUUAUUCAUGGCUCGUUCCAAAUACUGCGGGUCAACCUACAGAAGGACCAGUUCCAAUUCUUCCAGGUAUUCGCCCACUCCUUUUCCGUCGGCUGAUGGGACUACAUAACUCUACCUUCGCUACAAAGCAACAACAAGAUGCCUGUGAAUUUUUGGUUUACCUGUUGGAUCUUUUGGAUCAAAAAGCGAAAAAUCCGGAGUACGGUAACACGCAUCCAAGUAGUAUUAUGCGCUUUGGUGUGGAGGAGCGCCUACAGUGCGGUUUGACAAAGAAGGUCUCAUAUAAAACGGAAUAUGAAUGGAUCUUGUCUGUACCCGUUCCAAUGGAAGCCGUAAAAAAUCAAAAAGAGGUAGAUGAUUAUGAGAAACGACGCGCUGAAGCUGAAAAACAUGGUAUACGCUUGCCUCCUGAAGAUGUUGUACGACCAGUUAUUCCUAUCGAAGCUUGUUUAUCUGCAUGGAGAGAAACAGAACAAAUCGCUGAUUUUAAAACACCAGCGAGCCAGCCCCCUGGUGCUAAGACCUAUGCACUUCGUUCCAACCGUUUAACUAAUUUUCCAAGUUAUCUUUGUAUACAAGUGGGAAGAUUUACCGUUGGCGCUGAUUGGUUACCAAAGAAGUUGGAUGUAGAGAUUGAAUUAAAACCAGCACCUUGGAGUGGAAAUGUUGCUAGCAAAAACAAUUCUGAGUGGUUUGUCGAUUUAAGCAGCUUACGUUCACCAAGUGGUCCAAGACCUAUGCCUGGGGAAGAGCUGAUGCCAACUGGAGAAGAAGUAAAUCCUGAACAAAUGGUAGUUGAUGAAAUUCAACCGGAUACUAACAUUGUCAGCCAACUGCUUUCGAUGGGUUUCAGUUUGGAAGCUGUCCAGAAAGCGUGUAACUUCACUCAGAACAGUGGAGUUGAAAAUGCUACAAACUGGCUGAUGGAGCAUUUGGAUGACCCAGAUUUAAAUGAUCCUUUGCCUACUGUCUGUCAACAACAGCAACAACACCAACCAGGCAGUCAAAAGUCACAAGUUCUAUCCGAUGCUGGAAUUGAUGAAAACUCAAUUGAGAUGAUGAUGGCUAUGGGCUUUAGUAAGCAACAGGCAAUCGUUGCUUUGCAGCACACAAAUAGUAAUUUAGAACAAGCUGCUGAUUGGGCAUUGAGCAAUCCAGAUGAAUUGGAAUCUUUAUUGCUACAGUCUAAUUUGUCUAGUGCUGCUUCUGCUUCUGUCAGUUCACAAGUUCAAAUGUCAACUGAUAUGAAUGCAAAUAGCAACAGGAGUUCAAACCAAACAUCUACAGAAGCACCACUUACAGAUGGUAGCCCAAUUUAUGAGCUGUUCGCUUUUAUCAGUCACAUGGGAAAAUCAACCAAUGAUGGUCAUUAUGUCGCUCACAUAAAACGAUCCUUCCUAUCUAAAGGUAUCCCACAUGAACCACCAGUUUAUCAUGUUGGUUCACCAAUUUGUGGUGGUAGUGAUCAGGAAUGGAUAAUAUUCAAUGAUGAAAAAGUAGCUAAAAGUGAAUGUCCACCACAUCGUCAUGCUUAUUUGUACUUUUUCAGACGAGUAGAUCCAGACUGUUAAUCACAAAGUGAAUCAUUACAAGUGUAAACUAUUUAAAAAAAAAAGGGUGUGUAUACAAACACAAAAUAAGAGCAUAGAAACGGAAAAGUAGAACAUACGCACAUGAACGAACUUGAUGAAAAUUCUACUCUCCUCGAUCACAUUAACAUCUCAUAUUGACAUUCCAACAAGAGUACAAGGCUGAGAAAUAAGGAAGUAGAGACUAACAGACAGACAGAUAGAAGAGUAGUUCUAGACUGUUAAUCACAAACAUGUGUAUUUCUGCAGUUAGUUUAGAAAAAUAAAAAUCUUAAAUUAUACAGUUAACUAAGUAAGUUGAUGAAUUUGUACUUUUUCCGAUAGUGCUGCUUCAAAUAACUAACAGUAUCAUGGUUGUGAAUCUGUGGGUGUUAAUGACUUUGGACCAUUGAGUGACCAUUCAGUUAUUAUUUUGUCCCACUUCUCAUCCAUCCACACUCGUUUUAGUUGAUACCUUUCUUUUCAUUUGUUUAACCGAAGUUAUUGCACAACACACACUUAUCGGUAUUCCAGAUUACCUAUUUGUGAAUGAGGAAUGAAGUGUGUAUGUGUGGCGAUUACCUUUUCUUUCUUGACCUUUAUUCCAGAUAAUCAGUUUUGCUAUCUCUCAAAAAUCGACAAAAUUGACUUUUUUUGGAUUUUCGUUGUUGUUCACCUCAUUUAAACGAGAAAAAAAUGUAGACGUUUCCAAGUUUUGAUGUUAUGUACCUCACAUGAGUUAAUUCAGUACACUGAGUAGAAAGUGGAAAUUUG